AUGGAGAAUUAUCUGAAGCAGUCCAUCGUGGGCAAAGGCUCCUACGGAACGGUGUACAAAGUCAAGUGUCGGCGGACCGGAAAGGAGUUCGCCUUGAAAUAUCAUACCCGGGAUGUGACCGGCGUAAGGGCUGCAACCGGCGUAGAGGAGGAUGUGAUCGGCGUAGAAGAAGCGACCGUGAGAGAGCUCUCCAGUCUCUCCGCGCUAAAGGGUCACCCUUAUGUGAUCCAGAUGCUUGACUGUUUUGUCGACAGCGGAACAAUAGCCGUGCUCAUGCCCUACGUGCCCUACACGCUGAGUAAAGCGAUUCACAACGGUCACGGUAUGAAAUUCUACUACGACCAAGGCCAGGCGCUACAACAGCAGCAGGGGAUCCCGUUGAGCUUCGUGGCUCGUUUUUCCAUCCAGGUGGCUAACGCGCUGUCGUACAUGCACAGACUGAAUUUUGUGCACAGGGACGUGACGCCUUUCAACGUGCUGCUGACAGAAGAGCUCACCGUCAAGGUGGCUGACAUGGGCCUCGCGAGACACUCCUCCAGGUGGAUGAGCACAACUGUAGUGACGGAGCCGUACAGGGCCCCGGAAUUGUUUGUCACAGACGGCUGCGCGCAGUACACUUGUGCCAUAGACACGUGGAGCCUGGGUGUGAUGAUAGCGGACGCCGUGGAAGGGAAAGUUGUGUUCUCGGCGCGCAAAGAUCACGGUACAGAGGUGUCCACAUACCAGAUCAUCGUAAGGACUCUAUGUCCCAAAGACCACCCCUGCGCAUCGACCGUCGAACCCUGGGACCCUGAUGUGGUAAUGCCCAAUGCGAUGAAGUGCAAACUAGUGAAAAGGAUCAUCCUACGACUGCUGGCUUUCCAUGAGAAUGAGAGACUUCUGGCUCACGAGCUGUUGCAGGACACGGAAUGGACGCAGGCUGCUCAUAUGACCGAGGAAGACACGGCGAUGGUCAGAGACCAGAUUCGGCGACGAGAACGGGAACUGGAAGCGAGAGAAUGA